CAUCACCACCCUUAAGAUGGAGCAGCUAGAGAGCGAGGUGCCUCCUCUUCCGCCCCGUUUCCGUUUCAGAGACCUUCUUCUUGGGGACCAGAGCUUCCCGAAUGAUGACAGGGUGCAGGUGGAGUUUUAUGUGAACGAAAACACCUUCAAGGAGCGUCUGAAGCUUUUCUUCAUCAAAAACCAAAGAUCAAGCCUUAGGAUUCGUGUGUUCAACUUCUCGCUGAAGCUGCUUACCUGUCUGCUGUACAUCAUCAGAGUGAUGACAGACAACCCCGUUCAGAGCGCAGGCGCCAGCCACAGCGCCGCACAGCAAAACGCUCCCAGCGGCAACAACAAAUGGGAGUUGAUCUUCUGGGUGGAUAGGAAGGUUCCUGUCUGGGCCAUUCAAGUGAUUGUGGCCAUCAUUAGUUUCCUGGAGACUAUGUUACUGAUGUAUUUGAGUUACAAGGGGAACAUUUGGGAGCAGAUAUUCCAGGUGUCCUUUCUUCUGGAGAUGAUCAACACAGUUCCCUUCAUCAUUACGAUUUUCUGGCCCUCGAUAAGGAACAUUUUCAUUCCUGUGUUUCUCAACUGCUGGUUGGCCAAAUGUGCUUUGGAGAACAUGAUUAAUGAUGUCCACCGAGCAAUCCAGAGGACCAACUCAGCCAUGUUCAAUCAGGUCCUAAUUCUAAUCUGCACCCUGCUCUGCCUCGUCUUCACUGGCACAUGUGGGAUUCAGCACCUGGAACGAGCAGGCAAAAACCUCUCCCUCUUCAAUUCCUUCUACUUCUGCAUUGUCACUUUCUCCACUGUGGGCUUCGGAGACGUGACUCCCCGCAUAUGGCCCUCACAGUUACUGGUCGUCAUCAUGAUCUGUGUGGCCCUGGUGGUGCUGCCUCUUCAGUUUGAAGAGCUGAUCUACCUGUGGAUGGAGAGACAGAAGUCUGGGGGGAAUUACAGCCGCCACCGAGCACAGACAGAGAAACAUGUCGUGCUGUGUGUCAGCGCACUCAAAAUAGACCUGCUCAUGGAUUUUCUCAAUGAAUUCUACGCUCAUCCACGAUUGCAGGAUUACUAUGUGGUGAUCCUGUGCCCAACUGAAAUGGACCUCCAGGUGCGAAGGGUGCUGCAGAUCCCUCUGUGGUCUCAAAGGGUCAUCUAUCUACAGGGGUCUGUCCUCAAAGAUCAGGAUCUGCUUAGAGCCAAAAUGGAUGACGCAGAGGCUUGUUUCAUACUGAGCAGUCGUAACGAGGUGGAUCGCAUGGCUGCAGACCAUCAGACCAUCCUGAGAGCUUGGGCAGUGAAGGACUUUGCUCCAAAUUGUCCCCUUUAUGUCCAGAUACUCAAACCUGAAAAUAAGUUCCAUGUUAAAUUUGCAGAUCAUGUUGUUUGCGAGGAAGAGUUCAAGUACGCCAUGUUGGCUCUCAACUGCGUUUGCCCUGCCACCUCCACUUUGGUCACACUCCUUGUACACACUUCCCGUGGACGAGAAGGACAGCAGUCUCCGGAGCAGUGGCAGAGGAUGUACGGAUGUUGCUCCGGCAAUGAGGUCUACCACAUCAAAGUGUGUGACAGCAAGUUCUUUGGAGAGUAUAAUGGCAAAAGCUUCACAUAUGCCUCCUUUCAUGCUCACAAGAAGUAUGGUGUGUGUCUGAUUGGUAUAAAGCGGGAGGACAACAAGAGCAUCCUGCUGAACCCUGGCCCACGCCACAUCAUGGCUGCCUCAGACACAUGCUACUACAUCAACAUCACCAAGGAGGAGAACUCGGCCUUCAUCUUCAACCAGGAGGAGAAGAAGGGCCGUCCUGCCGGGGGACUCUAUGAUGGGCCUUCACAGCUUCCUGUGCACAGCAUCAUUGCCAGCAUGGGUACGGUUGCCAUGGAUCUUCAAAAUACAACCCCUCCUGACGACUCAGUAGGUAAACUGGUCCCACCUACAGUAAAUGGAACUGGGAGUCGUCGGCCCAGCAUUGCUCCAGUUCAGGAACUAGCAGAUUCUGCCUCAAUCUUGCCAUGUGACCUGCUAAGCGACCAAUCAGAAGAUGACUCAGUCUUCACAGAUGAAAAAGGCCACUCACCUACUGAGUAUGUGAAAGGUUAUCCCCCUAACUCGCCGUACAUUGGGAGCUCGCCCACCUUGUGCCAUCUGUUGGCUGAAAAAGCCCCGUUUUGCUGCCUACGUCUGGACCAGGGGUGCAGGCACAACAGCUUUGAGGAUGCCAAAGCUUACGGUUUUAAAAACAAGCUGGUAAUUGUUUCAGCCGAGACUGCGGGGAACGGGCUCUAUAACUUUAUAGUGCCUCUCAGAGCCUAUUACAGACCCAGGAAAGAACUCAAUCCUAUUGUUUUGCUGUUGGAUAACCCGCCUGAUAAUCACUUCCUGGAGGCCAUCUGCUGUUUCCCAAUGGUUUACUACAUGGCUGGAUCCAUAGACAAUCUGGACAGCCUGCUCCAGUGUGGGAUUAUCUACGCUGAUAACUUGGUUGUUGUGGAUAAAGAGAGCACAAUGAGUGCUGAAGAAGACUACAUGGCUGAUGCCAAAACUAUUGUCAAUGUGCAGACAAUGUUCAGGUUGUUUCCCAGUCUCAGUAUAAUCACCGAGCUUACUCACCCAUCCAACAUGAGAUUCAUGCAGUUCAGAGCAAAGGACUGCUAUUCAUUGGCUCUCUCUAAGUUGGAAAAGAAGGAGCGUGACAAAGGCUCCAACUUGGCCUUCAUGUUUCGCCUACCCUUCGCUGCAGGCAGAGUCUUCAGUAUCAGCAUGCUGGACACCCUCCUCUAUCAGUCUUUUGUGAAGGACUACAUGAUCCUUAUUGCAAGACUGCUGCUGGGCCUGGACACCACUCCAGGAUCGGGAUACCUCUGUGCUAUGAAAGUGAAAGAGGAAGACCUGUGGAUUGGUACUUAUGGGAGACUGUUCCAGAAGCUCUGCUCCUCUAGUGCUGAAAUUCCUAUUGGGAUCUAUCGAACUGAGUCACACAUUUUCUGUACUUCUGAGUCACAGGUGUCAGUCAGCGUUGAUGACUGCGAGGACACAAAGGACAGGGGGGACGAGUCUCGCAGCAACGACCAGUCCGACCACCCCCUGCUGAGGAAGAAGAGCAUGCAGUGGGCUCGGCGUCUGAGUAAGAAAAGCGUGCGGUGGCAGGGGGCAAGCCGGGAUUCGAGCAAAGACCAUGCCCAGCGCAUUGCCCAGCAGCGCCUCAACCUCUACAGGCGCUCUGAGAGGGAAGAGCUGUCCGAACUGGUCCGCAACCGCAUGAGACACCUGGGCCUUCCUACCUCUGGAUAUGAUGAGCAGAACGAUCACCAAAAUACCCUCUCCUACGUCCUUAUUAACCCAUCUCCUGACACCAGGCUGGAGCUCAAUGACGUUGUGUACUUGAUUCGUUCUGACCCUCUGGCUCACGUCCCAGAGGAGCUUCCUGUCCACAGCAGCAGCCUGAAAGAGAGACGUGAGUCCAGCAUAGACACCAGAGAGGACACCCAGCUCUGAUACCCUGCUGACCUUUACUGCUACAUUCAGCUUCAGCUUUUGUUGGGGUCUCGUUGCAUCCGUGCAGGUCCAGUCUGAAAGAGGACAAUUUGUGCUACAAAGUUUCAGCACUGCAGUCUGCCACUGUAUUAUACGAGUGCCUAAUGUUUGUCAGGUGACAACUGAUGUCAUCUGUGACAUUUUCAUCUUCUUGCCACAGACUCUGUGUAAAAAUAGGACGUUGAUAUUUGUGCGAGCUCUUUUAAAUGAGCAGUCAGGGACAUGCUUGUUAUGAAAUGAAGUGAGCUAACUGAAGGGAUUCGGUUCCAUUAGAGAUAAAGAGGCGGCCUUGGUUAGAAUGAAUCAGAUUCACUUACCCAUUCAAGUGUGAGCUCGGGAAUAACCCUCACGAUUGUCUUUAUUAUUGAAAGCUCCUGAAUUCUGGUGGUUCAAUUUAAAGUAACUUUAUUAGAGAAAUUGUGAGAGAGAAGUUCAGGAUUUAAUCAUCUUUCCUUGCUCUUUUUUUUGUUUUUUUGUUUUUUGAGAAUAUUUGAAAUUGGGUGAUCAUGUUUUAGAUUUCCCUGGAUAUACAUGUUCUGUUUACCACCAGUCACAGGAACUCAAUCAUAACGUGCAACACUACAUGACUCAAAUAAAAUAUGUGCUUUAAACUCUCAAAGCUUAAUUUUUACAGCUGAAUAAUAGGAGUAGAUUUUAAGUGGUGUAGAUUAGUAUUAUGUACAAAAAAUAGUGGUUACUUGUAUGUUUGCUGCAGUACAUAUUUUAAGCUGGAUGAGGUAUUUACUACUACAAGAGCUUAGUCUAACCCUUUAAACAGGCUGUGCCAUGUAUUCAAUAUUGUGCCAUAAAGUAUUUAGUUGAUUUACACUAUAUUAGUAAUUAGAGAACACCAUUUUUCUUUCUGCUCUGCUAAGUGAAACACUUUGCUUCUUAAUAUAAAAUUGUGGUUGUUUUGACCUAAUGAGGUCUGUGAGAAUUUCUGACUCUUUGACUUCAUACUUAUUUGAGUGUUGAAAAUAUCUGUACUUGAGUCUCAUUUUACUUGCACAUUAAAGUGCUAUAUUAUGAAAAUAACAUAUUAAAAUGAUUUCAAUUGUUUUAUUAUAGCAGCAUAUCCAUUACUAAGCAGUGGCAUUAAAGGAAUAGUUCAAUGUUUGGAAAUUUUGCUGAAAUUUAGGGAACUGUUACUGCUUAAACUGUUUGUUUUUUAC